AUGUCACUUGCAAGGUUUUCUUUCUUGCUCUCCUGUAUUCGAUUCGAUGAUGAUAGUACAAGGGAGGAAAGACUGAAGGAAAACAAGUUGGCCGCAAUAUCUGAGUUAUUUAGUCAAUUCGUCCAAAAUUCAAAGAGUUGUUAUUCUCCUUUUCUACAUUUGACGAUAGAUGAAAUGCUAGUUCCAUUCAGAGGUUGCUGUGGAUUCCGAAUGUUCAUGCCAAGUAAGCCUGCUAAAUAUGGGAUCAAGAUACAGCUUUUAGCAGAUGCAAAAACCCAUUACAUGGUGAACUCGGAAAUAUAUUGUGGAAAACAGACACCAAGUAAGGCUUGUUUGGAAAAAGGAGAGAAACUAUCCCUUCCAACACAAGUGGUUAUGAGGUUGAUUGAACCUGUGAAAGGGUCCAAUAGAAAUAUAACUACCGAUAAUUGGUACACCUCAUUAGAACUUGCAAAUGCCCUGAAAAAAGAGAAGUUGACGCUAGUAGGUACUUUGAGGAAAAAUAAAGCUUUCAUUCCACUAGAAUUUCUACCGUCCAGAGGAAAGGAAAUUGGAAGCUCCCUGUUUGGGUUCACUUCUGAUUUGACGAUUGUUGCUCAUGUUCCGAAGAAAAACAAAUCUGUGAUUUUAUUAUCCUCUAUGCACUCAGAUGAUAAAGUUGACGAAAAAAGCAAGAAGCCGGAUAUUAUAUUAUAUUACAACAGUACGAAGGCUGGCGUAGACGCAUUAGAUCAAAAAUGCGCAAACUACACUGCUAACAUCGGGGCAUCUAUCAUAAAAUGCCCAGGUGUCAGAAAAUCUGCAGAUUCGGACGGAUCUGACGAUAGUGGACAAAUUGGCCGACUGUUUAAUAUCGCCUCGAUACGAGUGCAGAUAGUGGCGAGUUCCUCGAACGUGCAAGCAGUAGUCCCUAAAAUUUUGAGGAGAAGCCUCUUGGCCGACUUCACACUGGCCUCCCAAAGACCACCGAAAUGCGGAGAAUAUGAGGGACAAACAUCCAUUGAGUGUACCUAA